AAGUCAUUCAAAUUGCCAAAUUGGAAUCAACACUUUCUUCUGUAACUAUAGGAUAUUCCACUCAAAUCUUGUAUUCUGCUGCCUCCGACGUUCCCAACUUGCGCCUCACUGCGUCUUCGUCUCUGCAGCUUCCCUCUUCCACUCCAUGACCCUACAAACCCUAAACACGCACGUCCCGGCGCGGAUGAAAUCGUUAGUCUUCUACAAGCACGCCACUCCAGCGAAGAUCACCGAUGGCCGAGUCUUCGCCGGCAAGCUAGGGUUUCGGAGCCUUAUGGUACGAGCUUGUAGAGGCGAACUAGAUGGAAUUAGGAGAGGGAAGGCCUUGAAGAUGGCGGAUUUGGCGACGUUGAGUAAUCUGUGUGUAGACAUCGUGUUAAACGUGCCGAGCCUUCCUCCAGCGCAGAAGGAAGAGAGACAAGCUUAUAUGGAGGGCUUGGUGGCUUCUGCUCCCGAUAAGAAAUAUUGGGAGGCCGGUGGUAACUGCAACUUGGUCAUUGCCGCUGCUAGAUUAGGACUUUGUGUGAUCACUCUUGGUCAUGUAGGGGAUGAGGUUUAUGGACAUUUCCUUCUUAACGUGCUUCAGGAGGAGGGAAUUAAUAUGGUUGGUUUAAUUGAAGAUUCUAAAGCUUCUAAAAAUGCUGCCAUGUAUGAAACACUUAUUUGCUGGGUUCUAGUUGACCCUUCUCAGAGGCAUGGAUUUUGUAGUAUUGCUGAUUUUAGUGAUGAACCUGCAUUCAGUUGGUUGAAUAAAUUAUCUGGACGAGUUGAGAUGGCCAUCCAGCAAUCCAAGAUCCUAUUCUGCAAUGGUUAUGCGUUUGACGAACUUUUACCUGAUCUGAUAGUUUCUGCGUUGUUUUAUGCUAUAGAAGCUCAAUCAGCAGUGUUUUUUGACCCUGGUCCUCGUGGAAGAACUCUUUUUAAUGGGACCGCUGAACAGCGGAAAGCACUUGAGCGAUUUCUGAAGCUCAGCGAUGUCCUUCUUUUAACUUCUGAUGAGGCUGAGUCAUUAACUGGGAUAAAAAACCCGAUUCUGGCAGGAAGGGAACUGAUUGAGAAAGGCAUUCGCAUUAACUGGGUUAUUAUUAAAAUGGGAGCUAAGGGAUCGAUGCUGAUCACCAAGUCGAGCAUUUCUUGUGCUCCUGCGUUCACGGUAAAUGUCGUAGAUACUGUUGGCUGCGGAGAUAGCUUCACUGCCGCUAUAGCUUACGGAUUUCUGCAUGACCUGCCGCCUAUCAGUACUUUGGUGCUCGCAAAUGCCGUAGGUGCGGCGACCGCCACUGGUUGCGGAGCAGGCCGAAAUGUCGCCACCAUAGCCAAGGUUUUGGAACUUCUGAGACUAUCAAACAUAAACGAAGACUAUGAGUUUUGGACUGAAUUGAUCAAUAUUGAGCAAGCAAUUGAAGAGAUUUCCCUCCUCUCAAAAACAAGUGUCAAUGGCUGCAGUGACCGUCUGAUCCUUGUUCCCAUACAAACCGUUAUCUCCCAGCUAGUUCCCAAGCUUGAAUCAAUGGAUAGUAACAGAACUGGUGUCUUUCAUGACAGAGAAGAACAAGUGAUGGAAUCUACAUGAGUAGAUUCCAUUUACAUCACUUUGCUAUGCUAAUUGUUCGAAGGACGAUUUGGUGAAGCCUGCAAAUUAUUUUGUGCGGACACCAGAUGAAGAUAACCGUCCUGAUUGCUGUGCUUUUAUUGUCUUUUUGUUGCGCUUUUGCAAAAGGGCAGUAAAAAUGUAACAAAUAUUUAAUAUUUACUAAAUAAUUAAAUAUUUGGUGCACUUUUGCAAAAGGGCAGCAAAAGUUCAAUAAAAAUGCAUUCAUAAAAGACUUUUUGCAAAAGUGUAGCAAAAGGGUAGCAAAAGGCUAGCAAAAGCAUAGCAAAUUCGGACAGUUCUCUCAGUCAGGUGUCCGCACAGAAUAAUUUCUCAAUUUUUUUGUGCCCAUUUCUAUGGCCACACAUUUGAUUUUUCUGUAAGUUUUUUGUUCUAACUGCCUUUCCAAGUGGCAAUGUAAAUAAAGAAGGCUCAGCAAAGAUAAUAAGAAAUUAAGUUUUAUGGUUUUUAUGAA